UGAAACCCCGCUCUUUCUGCAGAUCCAUAAACAACCCUCCAAUGGUUCAGUUACUCUUCAUUCCCAAUCGGAUAACAAUCACAAUCACAAUCACAAUCACAACUUCCAACAACGAGCAUAGAAGGCGAACGAGAUAAUUAACAGAGAAGGUAAUGGUGGCUGAUUGGCUGGCAUCGUUAAUGAUGGAAACUCCCAUGGAGGUGAUGGAUUCAAGCUUCAGUGGAAGAAGGAUAAGGGUCCAGUGAUUUCAUGAUUUCUAUUAAAUAAGGAAGACGGUUCAAGGAACUGGGUAGUGGGAUAUUUGAGAAAUCGAAUUUCGAUGGAGAAAUUUCAUGAUUUUAUUAAAGAAGGAAGAGGGUUCAGUGAUCUGGGUGGUGGGCUCCUUGAGAAUUCGAGCUUCGAUGGAGAAAUUUCAUGAUUUCUAUUAAAGAAGGAAGAGUAUUCAGUGAUCUGGGCAAUGGGCUCCUUGAGAAUUCAAUCUUCGAUGACGAAAUUUCGUGAUUUCUGUAAAACAAGGAACAGGCUCCAUUUAUAUGGGUAGUGAGCUAUCUGAGAGGUUUUGUGAUUGACUAUUUUCAGUUUCAGAGCAUAUCAGAUUGACCCACAAUGGCUUCGGUGGUGAAGUCAUCUCGGUCGAAAGCGCCAGCCCCGCCAACUGCAGACUCACUAGAUAGCGGUAGCUGGAGCGGGCAGCACACCGGUGGCAACGGUGGCGCCGGCAACAACACCGGUUCGCUUGGUGAGAAACUGAAGGUCUUCAAGUCGUCUCAAUUUGAUCCGCAUGCCUUUGUCACAUCUAAAUGUGAAACCAUGAGUGAGAAGGAAAUAAGGCGCUUGUGCUCUUAUCUCUUAGAUUUGAAGAAGGCUUCUGCGGAGGAAAUGCGUAAAAGUGUGUAUGCGAACUAUGCAGCCUUUAUACGCACAUCAAAGGAGAUUUCCGAUCUUGAAGGCGAGCUCCUUUCAAUAAGAAAUCUGCUAUCAACUCAGUCAGCUCUCAUUCAUGCUUUAGCUGAAGGAGUUCAUCUUGAUUCCUUAUCUGCUGGCCCUGAAGGUUCAACAGGAAAGGAAGUUUUUACUUAUGAAGAUAGAGAGCCUUCUAAAAUAGAGAAGUGGUCAGUAGAAUUUCCUGACACCCUUGAAGUUUUAUUAGCUGAGAAGAGGGUAGACGAAGCUUUAGCUGUCCUUGAUGAAGGAGAAAGCAUAGCUGAAGAAGCAAGUGACAGGAAAACAUUGAGCCCAGCUGCACUCUUAUCAUUGCAGAGUGCUAUUGCUGAGCAUAGGCAAAAAUUGGCUGAUCAGCUUGCAGAGGCCGCUUGCCAACCUUCUAUUCAUGGUGUUGAACUCCGAUCGGUAGUAUUAGCUUUGAGAAAACUUGGGGAUGGACCCCGUGCACAUACUUUGUUGCUUGACGCGCAUUUCCGCAAGCUUCAUUAUAACAUGCAAAGUCUUCGUCCUUCAAAUGCUGCAUGUGGAGGGGCAUAUACUACUGCACUAUCGCAACUCGUCUUCUCCGCCAUUGCUCAAGCAGCAAGUGAUUCAUUGGCAGUAUUUGGUGAGGAGCCUGCAUAUGCAUCUGAGUUUGUGACUUGGUCAAUCAAACAAACAGUCUCUUUUGCCCAUCUGGUGAAGAGACAUGCAUUAGCCUCAUGUGCUGCUGCAGGAGGUCUAAGAGCUGCGGCUGAGUGUGUUCAAAUAGCUUUGGGUUAUUGCUCUUUGCUUGAAGCUCGUGGAUUGGCCCUCUGUCCUGUCUUGUUGAAACUCUUUAGACCUAGUGUGGAGCAGGCAUUGAAUGCCAAUCUAAAAAGAAUUGAAGAGAGCAGUGCUGCACUAGCUGCAGCAGAUGAUUGGGUACUGACAUAUCCUCCACUUGGUACACGUCCAUUAGGUAGAUCUUCAACUGCUUCUCUUGGUAGUGUGAUUUCCUCCCAGCCUAAGCUUUCAAGCAGUGCUCACAAAUUUAAUUCCAUGGUUCAGGAAUUCUUUGAGGAUGUUGGUCCACUCCUGAGCAUGCAGUUGGGUGGUCACACAUUGGAAGGUCUAUUGCAAGUAUUCAACUCCUAUGUAAACUUGCUGAUAAAUGCAUUGCCAGGUUCAAUGGAUGAUGAGGGAAACUUUGAAGGUUCUAGGAAUAAAAUUGUUAGGAUGGCAGAGACUGAAGCCCAACAGAUAGCUUUGUUAGCCAAUGCAUCUUUGUUAGCAGAUGAUUUGCUUCCACGUGCAGCCAUGAAGCUUUCUCCUAUGUAUCAAGCUGGUGGAAAGGAUGAACCCCCUAGAAGAGCUUCAGACAAGCAAAACCGUAUUAUUCCAGAGCAAAGGGAAUGGAAGAGGCGGCUUCAACGUUCUGUUGAUAGGUUGAGAGAUAGCUUCUGCCGUCAGCAUGUUCUUGAUCUUAUUUUUACAGAAGAGGGAGAAACACAUUUGAGUGCAGAGAUGUACAUUAGUAUAGAUGAUAAUGUCGAUGAACCUGAAUGGUUUCCAUCUCCAAUCUUUCAGGAUCUUUUCCUGAAACUAAACAGGAUGGCAGUUGCAGCAGCAGAUAUGUUUGUUGGAAGGGAGAGGUUUGCAACAAUUUUAUUUAUGAGACUUGCAGAGACUGUUAUCUUGUGGCUUUCAGAUGACCAAGCCUUCUGGGAGGAGAUUGAAGCUGGUCCAAAGAAUUUCGGUCCUUAUGGGCUUCAACAAUUGUAUUUGGACAUGGAGUUUGUGAUUCUUUUUUCAUCGCAAGGACGUUACUUAUCUCGUAAUCUCCAUCAAGUUAUAAAAGACAUCAUCUCUAGAGCUAUUGAAGCAUUUGCUGCAACAGGAAUGGAUCCAUAUAGUGUAUUGCCAGAGGAUGAAUGGUUUGCUGAAUUUGCUCAAAUAGCACUGAAGACAUUAACCGGCAAAACUAAGUUUAGCAGUGAUGAUCGAGAUAUUGCAAGCCCAACUGCUUCCAUUUCUGCACAAUCGAUAUCAUCAGUAAUUUCUCAUGGAAGUACUUAAUGCUCAGAAUGAGGCCAGAGCUGUUAGCAUUCUACCUUGCUAAAUGAGUAUUCAUUAUCCAUAUAAGUAACACUGUUCUACUUUUACUUUUGGACUUCUUUCCAUAGUCCUUAACAGUGCCAUAGAUCUUCUAAUUUGUUUGAUUCUUGUUUCUUUCUUUGUUUUUUUCCUUCUUUUAAUAGUUUUCCCAUGGCACCAAUCUAGUGGUGGAUAAGUCUUAUCUUCUUGGUUACUAGAUGGCCUACAGAUCGGUUGAGAGCUUUAAAGAAACCUCUUGCGAUGUCUAUAGUUGUCCCCUGCCUUUUUUUUUUUAUUCCCCUCCUUCGGUGCUUGUUAUGUCUUUAGUUGGGAUAUACAAUUUUGUAACAAGUUCAUUUUAUUUUUCCAUCUCUGUAAUGUUUCAUUCUAUUAAUGGAAUUGACUAAUGGGCUUACUGAUUUCGCCCUGGCAGCUGAAUCGAAUGCCAA